GCUCACUUGUGUUCAGAGAGCCAUCUGUAGAUCAGGAAGACAAAAAGACGCUCCCGAGCCUUGGCGUCACUCAACAGGUUGUUGAAGGCCAAGUAUCGAAGGUGAAAUGGACUUCUUGUCGGCAUGGAUUGUGUCUCCUUCAACUCUGCCCUUUCUCUGCCUCGUCUGGGGCAUGGAGGCCCAGCAGGCCUUCAGGUUUGAGCCCAGGAACCUGACUGUGCGGAUGGGAGCCACAGCUGUGCUGAGGUGCGAGGUGCUGCGGGCCUCGGGGACUGUGCAGUGGGUGAAAAAUGGCCUCCUCCUGGGACCUCAGAGAAGCCUGCCGGGCUUUCCACGCUACAGCAUGAUUGGAAACCCCAAGAGAGGGCAGUAUCAUCUUCAGAUUGAAAAGGUCCAACUGGAGGAUGAUACCUUCUAUGAAUGUCAAGCGGGCCCAUCUGAGACCAGCAAAGCAAUUGUUUCCCACACAGUCAGGGUCACCGUGCUGAUUCCUCCUUCCAAGCCGUACUUUGAGGCGGACAUGGCGACACCUUGGGUGGCGGGGAAAAAGUACUCCAUCGUCUGUGUUGCUCCUGAUGCGAAACCCGAGGCUGAAAUCACACUUUAUAAAGAUGGAGUGGAGCUGACAGGUGCAGAGUCUUUCACGAUGUCUGGCUCAGAGGAUAAGCUUCUGAACACGCAUGCUGAAGUAACGCUCACGGCUCUGAGCUCUGACAACGGGAGGCAGCUGGCAUGUCACGCCAAGAACUCCGCCCUCUCCAAGCCGGUGGAGACCGCAGUGACCAUGAGUGUGUACUUCCCACCUCAGCCUCCAGUUAUUGUGGGUCUGGAGCGAGAGGAAGUCAAGGCGGGGAGAGUGCUCGUCUUGGAGUGUGUGUCUCACGGUGGAAACCCCCUGGCCACUCUCCACUGGACCAAGAACGGGGAAGUUCUGUCCACGAUUUGGGAAGAGGACAGCGUGGCGCUCAAGUCCAGCAGCAUCCUCCGACUGAAGAUCACCCCCGCCGACAACCAGGCAGAGCUGUGCUGUGAAAGCAUCAAUCUGGUGUCCCGGUCGCCCCUGUCUGUCAGCCGCAAAAUAACUGUGCUCUUUGAGCCCGCGCAGCUAAAGCUGUUGGGUUCGUUAACGGCCGCCGAGGGACAGAACCUGAGCCUCAGCUGCCACGCCUCGUCCAGCAACCCUCCCGUCCUCGUCCGCUGGUGGCUGGGCUACAAGGAGCUCAACGACACCGUUGUCACGAUGGAAGAGGGUGACAACGGUGGGAUGACAACCAUAUCCAACAUGACCCACCAGGUCUCCCGGGAGGAGGACGGGCUGAAGCUCACCUGUGAGGCUUUCAACAGGGCCACACACUUCUCCAAAAGCCAGACCGGCACCCUGAGCGUUUUUUACCCCCCUCAAAAAGUGUGGCUUGAAGCUCCUCCUCAAGAUGUCCCCCUUCAUUCAGGGAACGUCGUCCGUCUUGUCUGCUUUUCCACCGGUGGGAAUCCCACUGGGACCCUGACCUGGUUCAAGAAUGGAAAGACGGUGACUGUUGCAUCCAAGCAGACGCCCUUUGAUAUGGGUGUAGCUCGAGAACUGAUCCUGGUGCUGACAGCAAGUGACAACAUGGCCACCUACCGCUGCGACGCCACAAACGAGACAAAGAAGAAAAUCUCCGCCUAUACGAAGCUCAUGGUUCAUUUCACAGCUAUAAGUAUGAAGAUCACAGCGAAGCAGGAUGUGCUCCGCCGCGGCCAGAUGCUCACUCUGGACUGCUACGCUGGAAGCAGUAACCCCCGGGCCAGCGUCUCCUGGAGUCUGGGCUCACUCAGGUUCCAAGGGGAUGAGCAGGCACCCAGGCAGGCUCAGUUUGGUGGCGUGUCAGUGCACAGCUCUCUCGCCCUGAAUCUGAGCUCCCAGUAUCACAACCAGAAGGUCAUCUGCCAGGCCUACAGCCCGGUGUUAUCAGAGGGGGCCAACACAUUCUUCCAACUCAAUGUGCUCUACCCACCAGAAUUCAGCCCAGAUCAGCCAACGGAGGUCCAGGUGGUGGAAGAUGACAUGGCAGCCAUCCCACUGCUGGUCUCAGCUAACCCAGAGGAGGUCUCUUGCAUUUGGCUGCACCACGGGGAGAAGCUGGUCAAAGCAGGUGAGCAGCACGACGACCAUUCACUGGAGAUCAAGAAUGUGACAAGAAAAGAUGCCGGAGUUUACACUGUCAAGUGUGCAAAUGAUGAAGGAGUCAACCAGAUCUCCAUCAUGCUGACUGUUCAUUAUGCUCCCGGUGUCAGAGCAGAGAAGGACCCCGUGUUUGUGAACUUGGGGGAAACAGCAGACCUUAUAUGCGUGGCGGACGCCAGACCCAUCAUUCCUGACAUGUUCUCUUGGAAAUGGCUGGGGGAAGGGGAGGUGGAGACAGGAGAGGAGACCCAGGAAGAUGAAUCGGGCCUCCUCACCAUCCAUGAAGUGACUCGGGCUCACGCUGGUCUCUACCAGUGCACGGCCGACAACGGCAUAGGGCUCGCUGCCAGUGUAAACAUGCAGCUGGUGGUGCAGUUCAAGCCAGAACUUCGGAAAGGACCCCAAUGGAGGAAGGUGGCGAGCAGAGGGGAUGGCACCACGACAGCCGAGGUCGUGUGUCAGGCCGAGGGCAUCCCUCGUGUCGACUUCUCCUGGGAAAAAAAUGGCGCGCGCAUGGAUUUUGCAAACCCAAGGUAUGAGGAGCAGACGGAGAGGGAGGGCUCCUUCCACACCAGUACAGUUCGAGUGGUGAAUGUGAGCGCACUUCUGGACUACGCUGUCUUCAGCUGCACCGCUCGCAACUCACUUGGGGAAGACAAGCUUGACAUCCAGCUCGUCAGCACAAGUCACCCAGAUCCUCCCUCAUCAUUCCGCAAACUCGCCGUUACUCACGACGCCGUCACUCUGGAGUGGGUCCCCGGGUUCAAUGGCGGCCGGCAACAAAGAUUCCGGAUAAGGUACCGUGGGGAGGAGUCGCUCAGUUUCAUGUACGUGGACGUUUUUCCCCCCGGUGCAACGAUCUUCACUGUGACUGGCCUUCAGCCUGCAAGCAGCUACAACUUCUCUGUCAACGCCCUCAAUGCAAUAGGAGAGAGUAGCUACGCCGACAACAAUGCAAUUCUUUCAAUCACCACCAAGGGUAGCAGUGGGCUGCCGGCUUCUCUCGCGGUGGUGCUCGCAGUGGUGUUUGGAGUGCUGCUGCUGCUGAAUUCACUGGGCUGCUUCUUUGGUCUGAGGUGGAAAAAGAGUCGCGGCCAGACAGCGGGGGACGGACAGGGCGGCGAGCUGGACGGAAAGAAGAGUGGAGAGCAGGGGUCAAGUCAAUCAACUGUAACAAACUCCAAUAAGUACGAGAGCAAAGAGAAGAUCAACGCCGCAGCGCAGCGCACCCUGCUCAUUGACUCUGGAUCCGAAGCAGACAGCCAUGUCUACGAGAGCUACGCGGCGGACAGCUCCCACUAUUAUUGUUAUCCUGCCGGUGACUACCUGCCGCCUCUCAGUCGUCACCCUGAGGAAGCACGCCAUCCUGACGCUCACAGCAGGCUGUAUGAAGACGUGAGGGAAGACGUUCUGCUGCAGGACAUACCUGCUUCCUUCUUUCCUUCCCCUCCGCUGGUGUCCGACCGACAACAGCCUCAACAAAGGAGCGAGUGGAAAUCACCAAGCUGCCCUCGGGUCGCAGACAGACCGAGGCCCUGGGUGGAUGCUCAGCCGCCGCGCUCAGACUCACAGCUUCCCUUUGAACUGCGGGGAGAAUCAGGAGCCGACGACGGCGGGCCGUCCCGCUCCGCUCCUCUCCACUACAAAGAGCCUCACAUCUCGCAGGCCGUCUGCGGGAAUCCCUACAAUGGGAUGGUCGUGAGGGGUAUUUAG